UACCAACAUUUAACCCUGCUAUUUCGAGAAACUUCCAGCCCACUUUUUCCACGUCACUUGAAGGAAUCUUUAAAGCGUCCGUCGCCUGUAUAAAAUGUCUCAGUACUCGACAGGCAGAAGCAACAUGAACGGCGUCAAGACUCAGUCACCGAUACUGACCAUGGCGAAUAAUGACAACGACCCUCUGCCCCUCGGAUGGGAAGUCAAAAUUGACCCGCAGACGGGAUGGCCGUUCUUCGUGGAUCAUAAUAACCGCACGACAACCUGGAAUGACCCCAGACACGACACGAAAAAGGUCAGAGAAGUGUCAGCAAAUGGACCCAACAUACCACCAGAACCAAGCCCUCAGGAGACACAGAAGACCUUUGUGAGGGAGAUGAAGCACCCCAUUCUUCGCCCAGGUUAUGUCCCGAUCCCAGUCUUCCACGAGGGCGCAGAACUCAGACAGCAACAGCACCCGUGUUACUCUUACAUCCAGCCAUCCACUGCACAGAAUAUCCGGACAGAUGGGCGGACACCAUCCCCAACGCCAGGGCUCCACUGCAGGCCUAGAUCACCUUUACAUGGACCUUCGGACAGCUGCUCCACUGAACCUGGAAUGGCCAGCUCACCUGUUUCACAAACAGCAGAGGUUUACACUACCCCACAUCACCAACCCCCACGGCCCAGCAGCACUGGUCUCCAAGCAGGUUACAUCCCCAUCCCAGUGAUCCAUGAGGGGGGAGGAAGCCAAACACCAACACAGGCUCAGUUAAAUCCCACUGUCUACUCUCAGCGCGUCCCCUACCCAGAGCACCAGCAGCCCUUCCAUCGCCUUCAGACAGACGAAUGGCCUGGCUACUCUACAGUAAUGCAGCCUCCUCGGGAAAGGGCUUCUCCGAUAUUGCUUCCUCAGCAUCGUGAUUCUUCUGCUAUUCACCUCCCUCCUCAUAUAAGAAGCCAGUCACCCAUUAUCACUCAGGUGAUGGGAGAAAGACAACCGGCUCAACAGCAUAUCCUCACAAGAGACCCACCCCAGAAAAUGGAGCAUGAACCACAUAGCCCACAGCCAAAACCUGAGAUUGCACCUCUCCCCCAGCCUUUGCAUACAGAAGUCGAUGGCCAGAAGCCUCAACAACCUCAACACUUCCAACAGCCUCCUCCUCAACAACCUCAACACUUCCAACAGCCUCCUCCUCAACAACCUCAACACUUCCAGCAGCUACCCCCCCAGCAACCCCAGCAUUUCCAACAACCCCAGCAGUUCCAGCAACCCCAGCAGUUCCAGCCACCCCAGCAGUUCCAGCAACCCCAGCAGUUCCAGCCACCCCAGCAGUUCCAACAGGCACCUCCUCAGACAUCUCCACAGCCUCAGCAGCCUGAACAGUUACCGCAGCUGCAGCAACAGUUCCAGCAUCCCCAGAAACCAGAGCAACCACAACAACAUACUGCAGACAUCACAGUCCAAAUACCUUCAAAACCCGAACCCCAGGACACGGCAGCUGUUCCUCCAGAGGUUCCACCUGUAAAGGUAGAGGCCGAACAGCCUGCUCAGUGCCCUCUCCACCCAGGCGUGGCUAAAGUACAGCAGAUAGUUGAGCGGGUCGCUAAGCUGGAGCAGGAGGUGAGAUGUUUUGAUGGAAAGAAGAAUGAUAAGAAAUACUUGUUAUUGGAGGAGCUGCUGACCAAAGAGCUCUUAGCAUUGGACUCGGUUGACCCAGAGGGUCGUAUAGAUGUACGGCAGGCGAGACGUGACGGAGUCCGCCGUGUUCAAAACAUACUGGAAGAACUGGAGCAACUGGAGGAACAUCCAACCAGGCCUGCAAAUGAGACCUCAAUGGAGGGAGACAACCUGACACAGAAAGGAGAGCCCAGCAUGAUCACCAAGGAGAAUGUUGGGAUGGCAAAGGAGAUUUCGUAAAGACUGCACACUCGUAAUCAUGGGGAGAGAAGAAUAGCCUGCUGUUUAUUUGAAUCGUGAACAAGUCUGCUCCGGCUCACUCACCACCUUCUCCUCUCUCUACAGCAUUUGUGGAAGUUGCAUGCAUUGAUUAAUUGUGUUGGUAUUUCCUGCCAUUCAGCACAUAAUUGAUGGUAGCUCAGCGCUGUCAUGUUUUCAAGCCAAUGUCGCUGCCUUUUAUGUUGUGCCAAUGUCUUCAUAAUGAGACAGCUGUCAUGAUCAAGGUGUUGACAAUGAUUUUUAGUCAAAUUAAAGUUUGAAUAUGAGGCCUUUAUCAAUAAAUGGAAGAAACAGUAUUUUCUUAAGAAAUGUUACAUGUAGUUGCCUUUUGUCUGAUCAAAUAUUGUACGAAGCUUUUCUUAAUCCAGUGAGCACAUGAGUUGGUACACAAGGGCGAACAUUUGGGGCUUUAAAGCAGAACUCACUGCAAAACUCAGUCAAUAGAAAAGCAUUUUCCCCUUUAUUGCCACAGGGCCAUGUUGAAGCUGCUUUGUCACAAAACACAAUGAAUAUGUUGAUAAGAUGCUGCUUUUUAGUGCAUUUACUUUUGCCGUCUUCGCACUUUGCCAUCAUUGCCAUCUAUCAUGCUGAGAGAUCAGCAGCACUUCAUUUGAGAUAUAUCAGUUACACAAGUUUUGAUUGGUGUGUUUGAGUGUUUGUAUGUGCAUUGGUUUACUUGUAAUUUCAAAACAUUAUAUCAGUAUUUAUAUCAUUAUAUAGUAUUUUGGUACAUUUAUGAAUGUGUAAUGACAAAUGGACCUGAGAUGUGUAACCUACUUGAGAUGUCAGACAAUCAGCACUCAAUGCUAAUAAAGAAUCACAGUUUAAGAUUGUCAGAAUGUCCUUGUAUAACUACCAAAGCCACAAUCUGUAAUAGCACUUCAACAAAAAUGGUCUAAAAGCCUUAAAAUACCAACUGUGAGAAGUUAUUCAACUAAUGGACAACACAUGAAGUGCACGAAAACAUCAAUCUUAUCAUUUAAAACGUUCAAAAUUAUUUUUAUUAUUGCCCUCUAAGUGUUUGUGUAGUAAAUUAAGAUCAUAAGCUAUCUGUAAUGGAGGGUCACUGCCUAAUUCACCUUUACAAAUUAUGGAUUGUGGCUUAGUGUUGAUCACGGGUUAUGAGUGGCAGACUAAUAUGUUGUUGAAAGCAAAUCACGUUGGUAUGGUUGAAAUAAAAUGUAUUUGACAUUCA